AUGUAUUCAGCAGAGUACUUACCAAGACUAGGUCAAUUAUCCAUAGAGGUCAAAAAUGUCACGCAAGAAUCAUUGCAGAAUAUAGAAUUGCAAGGAGAUCAAACUAUAAUAUUAAUUUUAAAAGAUCAACCAUCAGUCACUAUUUUAUUACCAGUAUCAAUAUCUCAUGUAUCGGUUUUAAAAGUACUGUCAGUUGGUGACAUACUAAAACUAACAUUAAAAGUAUCAUCAGAUGUUCAAUCAAAUUCACAAGAUAACAACAAAAUUACACAAUGGUCAUGUAAAUGGUUACAACAAAACACAUCAAAAGUAAAUUCAAAUAAUGUAUUUUGGUUUGAUUGCUUCGAAUGUUCUCAUGAAAUUAUAAAUUCAUUAAAUCAUAAAUUUAAAGAUAUGCCCAACGAGUUUUGGUAUGAGUUGAUGGACUUUUGGCAUUGCCAUAAGCCUGAAAAUAAUCAACCUACCGAUAAGGAUUAUGGGAUAUUAGUUCCCAAAGAUGAGCAGACUAUAAUAAUUGGAUCUUAUUAUUUAUUGAAUUUGGUAAAUGAAAAUAUAGUUCUUGAUCAAGAUUUGUACCUGUGUAAGAAUUGUGGAAGCAAAAUUGGUCAACCCUUUCAGAAUGCUAUAAAGUUACUUAAAUGGAGAUUAAAUCUAAAAUAUUCUCAUGAUGGUAAAGAAUAUAUAUCGGAGUAUAAUCCAGUAAACUUUGUAAUUGAGUUAAUCAAUACUAAAAUCCAGUCACUGGCUAUUAGAAAGUUUAAAAUCAAGCAUGAUAAUAAAUGGAUAUAUUUGUGGAUCAUGAGCGAUGGAAUUGACGUUACAAUAAAUGAUAAGGUUCUUAAUAAUUGCUUUAAAAUACUAUAUACCGAAGAAGUAGGUGCAAAAGAAGAAGUGAAUUAUGAAGAGUUAGAAAUAUCAUACACAGAAAUUAGAGAUAAAUUUUACAAAACACUAAAACAAAAUACAAUACAAUCUAAAAUGCCUUUUGGUUCUAUAGAAUUUUAUAUAAGUUUUAUACCCACAUAG